AUGAAGACUCCCCUUCCACCGCCAGACUCGCCCGACGACGACCCGGAGCACGAUGACCCCAGCCUCACCAAGACCGAUGUCCCCCUCCGGCCCAAGGUGUCCGACGUCGACUCUCCCCGACGACCGCCCCUUGGCCGAUCGUCCUUCAGCAGGCUGUCCGACGCCUCGCCGCGCCCGAUGGAGAAGGAGGAGAAGAGUGCGAGCGCGAGCGUGAGAAAAGGGACGGAGCAUGGCAAGAGACCAGCGUCCACGGCAGAGCGCAACACUCGGAGCAAUUCGAGCCCCGCCAACACGCCGACCACAUCUGAGGAGGAGCGUCUCGCGAAUCUCCGGGACGCCAUGAACGCGAGACUUCUCCUGCAGCAGCGCAUGCGCCGCAGCCAGGGCUCGUUCAAGGGAGACUCGGGCAUCUCAAGGGUGUCGCCGAUCCAGGAGGAAGCUGCCGCAACCGGGGAUUCGCCAUCUCUCGAUGCCGCCGUCACGGAGCCUCAUCCGCCAGCGCGGACGACAUCGACCAUGUCUACCGAAUCCACAGAAUCGUCAAAGACCGUGAGAGCAAGCGUACCGGCGACACCGGCAGCAGCAAACCCUCCGCUUAGAACGCCAUCGUACCCUUUCCCGUAUGUCCCAGGCACGCCUAAAGCUUUGCCAUCGGCUUUCCACCAGCCCUUCACCGCCUUGUCGCCCACGGCUUCCGGGAUGCCCCCACGCGACGACGAUACUCCCGGGAAGUCAAGUGACAUGUUUUCGGGAGGCAGCACGCCAGCUGUGGACCCAAGCACGUUUAUGCCGCCUGGUACUGUCUUUCCAGCGCCGGAGGAUCCUCGCUUUCCCACGCCCAAUCUGUACGAUCUUGUUCUCCAAUUGAACACCGAACCUGGCUUGGAGCAGUGGUGGGCAACGGUGACCAACGUCAUCCACGACCAUUACAAGGCCGACAGAGUGACUUUGGUCGUGCCGAUGGACCCUACCGACAUUGAGAACGUGCCGUGGGGUCAGAAGGCUACUUUCAGCAUGAACGGACCAGAGGAGUUUGUCCCGCAUCCCACGAUCCUGGAGCAGACUGCUCACGCAAAGGCACCUCAAACCAGCACGCCACAAGGCGAAUCUCGGCCGGUAACAGCUGUGGAGGGAACUGAGAUGGCGACUUCUGGGCUUCAAGCUGGCAAGACACGACCUCGUUUGGAAGCUCGGCACUCUUACGCUGGUCACGGCAGGGAGACGUUCGAGAAGACUCCAGCGAAGUCUGCACGACCACCAGGACCACAACGCAUGGCAACGCAUGCUGCAGGGAUUAAAGCCGGUCCAGGACCUACUCCGCUCUCCUCUUACCGCUUUCCUUCCACCAGCUCUGUGCGGCAAGCGUCGCUCGGCGAUCCUGCGUUUAGCAGUGUUGCAGGUGACGCCGAGUCGGGACCGUAUGCGGAGGUCUUUCCGACAUUGCGAUCUCUGGACCACGAGGUACGACCACUGAUCGAGUCCGGUGGAGUCAAUCGCGUGCUAGAGAGAGGUCGGGUCGUCACUGUAACGCGCGACUACGUGCCUGACACUUCAAGCUCUCAAGAAGAGACUCCUGAGGAGGAUCAAACUACCAGACAAUCGGAGCCAACACCUUCAGGCGCCAAAAGCCAUGCAGAGCGAUUCUUUGGCAACUACCGAAAAGCUUUUGCGUCUGACAACGUCACGGUCAUGGCUAGAGAUUACGAAGAGUACGAGCAAUAUCCGGCGUCGCCUUGGUCCCAGUCGCCUGCACCUUCUCCGGCCAUACAAGCCGAUGAGGAGGACAAUCCUUUCUUUGCGUCUGACGGUCAACAUGUGGAAGACUCUUUCCAGGAGGCCAAUACACCAAAGGACUACUCGCAAUUUGGGCAGGUGGAAGCCAUUGGCGUCGACAGGGCAAAUACGGUCAUCCACAUACCAUUGGUGCAUCCAUCGCUCUCGCAGCCUAUGCAGUCGCUGAGGACUUAUUCACAAGGAGCUGACCGUUCUGGUCCACCCAAGAGGAGCAAUACGCUUGAUCUCGAGAGGAAAGCGCCAAUUGCAGUGCUAUCAAUCUUGACCUCGACCGUGCCAUAUCCGCAGAACCUCACCAAUUCCUUGAAGCUGCUAGGCCCGCAUCUGGCUACCUCGUAUGCCACCUCGCAGCAAUUCUCUUCGACACACACUCAAACGGUCAGCAUCCGACACCGUAGGACGGCGUCUGGAAAGACUUUCAGCGACGCCCCCAUGACCGUCGAACCCGCGUCUCUGGCGGACCUUGUCAGCGCCAACGCGGAGCCACCUUCCGGAUCCCGAUCUGGCAGCAUCACCAGCCCCUCUGAGUAUUCUGGGAGAUCGAAGUACAGCCCGACAAGUUCAAUCGUCGGGACUCCAGGAUGGGAUCCUGCCAGCCAUCACUGGACGACUCGAUCUGCUGCAGGCACACCUGGCUUGACCGGCACAGAGAUGAUAGACAACUACUUCGAAGCAAAGAGGCGUACUGGACAGCGGACUACGAGCAACGCCAGCACUCACGCUCAGACGCCAGCACGGCCAACGCGCAAGAUGCCAAGUUCCGAGAGCAAGCCAGGCGCCCGGAAGUCCUCGCCUCCAGGCAGCGAAGACAGCAAGUAUCCUCAGAGUGAGCGAAAGCCGAAGGUGAAGGUGCCUCCCAAGGAUGAGAAGACAACUGUCAGAGAGCGCAGUCCUCACGUCCAGCCCGAACAGACACCAGCACAGCGGCCUGCAGCAGCAAUUCGGACGCCAUCCAACGUGAUAGAAAGCGGCGCGGAUAAGCGUCAUUCUCAACUGCAUUCGUAUGGCGCCGACUUUCUAUCGUCCUUUGGAGCACCGGGAACGCCUACUGUCGAGGUGCCAACCCCUGGAGUCUUUGCACAAGGGAGGAGAGGAUCUCAGUCAGAGGACAUGCCUCCGCCGUCCGAGCGGCUACUGCGUACUAUCAUCGACUCAGUCCCAGUUCAGAUCUUUACUGCGGAGCCUGAAACUGGACGGAUGACAUGGGUGAACCAGAAGUACAUGAUUUACAGAGGGCAGGAAGCUCGACAAGUGCUCACUGAGCCUUGGCAAGCUAUACAUCCGGACGAUCGUCAGGACUUCACCUCUAGCUGGCACAGAUCUCUUCGGACGGCUCAGCAGCUUCAGCAAAAGGUUCGCUUGGAACGGUUUGACGGCAGCUACCGCUGGUUCUACGUCCGCGCUGCACCGCUAAAGGACAAGCGACAAAAGAUUGUACAUUGGAUCGGUACGAUGAUGGACUUCCACGAGCAGCAUAUGGCGGAGAUGAACCUGGCUCGGCAACACGAAACUGCAGCUUCAGAGGCGAAGUAUCGAGCGCUGGCCAACUCCAGCCCUCAGAUUGUGUUUGCGGUCAAUAAGCUGAAGGGUGUCACGUUCUGCAACUCGCAAUGGAUCCACUACUCCGGCCAGACGGAAGCUCAGGCGCUUGGUGUUGGCUUUAUGGACCAUGUGCACCCUGAUGAUCUUGCUAAGUGCAGGCUCCCGACGUUUGGGGAGGACUCAUCCACGCCGAGCAAUGUCCCAACUUCAGUCCCGCCUGACUUCAAGCGCAAGGUGUCUGCUUCGGCAAGCUCGAGCAGUGGCUCUUCUGAGACCGAGAAAGGUGUGUCGAGCACCGAUGGUUCGCCAAUCACUUCGCAAAUGCCGCAACGGAAACUGUCGGAGCUCGCAGGUACUGGCAUCCUGAAGGUCUCGCGAGAUGCCGACGGCCGUCCUUCUUACUCUACUGAGGUGAGGCUGAAGUCGAAGGACGGAGAGUUCAGAUGGCAUCUGGUGCGAGUGCUCCUAGCGGAGCCACUGCUGCAGAGCAAUCACGAAGAGGAGGGAACUUGGUAUGGCACCUGCACGGACAUCAACGACCACAAGGUACUUGAGCGGGAUCUGAAGGAGACUAUGGACGAGAAGUCACGCUUCUUGAGCAACAUGUCACACGAGAUCCGGACUCCUCUGAACGGCAUCACCGGAAUGGUCAACUUCUUGAUUGACAGCAGCUUGACGACCGAGCAGCUCGAGCACGUCAACAUCAUCCGAUCGAGCACUGAGGGCUUGCGUGGGCUCAUCAAUGAUAUUCUGGAUCUUUCCAAGGCUGAAGCUGGGAUGAUACAGCUGAAUAUGGAUUGGCUCUACGUUCGAGCGUUGAUAGAAGAAGUCAACGACUUGACAUCUACCAUGGCUAUCGAGAAAGGUCUGGAACUUAACUAUCUGGUCGAAGAAGACGUGCCGGCACAAGUCAAGGGCGACCGCUUCCGCAUCCGGCAAAUUUUGCUUAAUGUCGUUGGCAACGCCAUCAAGUUCACGCAGAAGGGCGAGGUCUUCAUCCGCUGCAGCACGCAGAAGGCCACCAACUCUGAGCUGGCCAAGAACGAGAUGUACAUCAAGUUCGACAUCAUCGAUACCGGCCAAGGCUUUACUGAUCGUGAGGCGGAAUACCUGUUCAAGCGCUUCAGCCAGAUCGAUGGCAGCAGUACGAGGCAACACGGUGGCACCGGCUUGGGGCUCGUCAUCUCGAGACAGCUGGCUCAGCUGCAUGGCGGUGACAUGAGCGCGAAAGGGGUGCCGGAGAAGGGAUCGACAUUCACGUUCUUCAUCAAGACUGCCCUGCCGAGCCAGCGAGACCAGCCUCGAGAGGCCGCAACGCCUGGAAUCGUUAAUAUCCCAAUGCUGCCCAUGCCCCUUGCUCCUACGCCCGGUGCAACACCAGUUCCCAUGCCAGCAACCAAGACAAAAGCCGGCUCCAUCCAAGCGCAGAGCGAAGGGCAAGCCAGGCCAUCACCUAAAAUCGCCCUGGAGUACAGCCAAUCGCCCUCGCCAUACGGCACACCACCGGAAGCUGGUCGAGACUCGCCGUCUGUAUCCUCAACGAGCUCAGACCCGUCUCUCAGGUCGGCGGCUCGAACGAGUAGUCUGCGCUCCGAGCGAUCAUCCGCCUCAUCGUAUGUUGCGGACUCAUCGAUCCCUGCCAUGCCUCCGAUCAAGCUGGCUCUACCUGCUGGUCCUCGGCGCUCGACAUCGGAGGCAGAUUCUGCUCAUUCCGGAAGCUCCGAAACCACUGCUCGUGCUCUUUCACCCGGCGACAGUCUACUUCCACCUAUGUACUCCAUCUUGGUGCUGUGUCCGCUAAAGUACAGCCGCGAAGCCACCGUACAGCACAUCGAUCAGACGUUACCACGCACCAUCCCGCACCAGAUCACUGCUAGGGAGAGUUUUUCUGAGUGCCAGGAGAUGAUUGGCGGUGACGAUCCUGUCAUUUUCACGCACAUUGUCAUCGUCCUCCAUAGCGUCGACGAGAUUGUUGCUCUCGUGCAGCAAGUACUGGCGUCGCAGCCUCACCACGCGACGGAAACGAUCGUCAUCACAGACCUCUCGCAACGCAGGAAGAUCAUGGAAAAGGCUCCCAAUCACAACUACGACCAGCUCAGCCAACAACGUCGGCUCCGCUUCGUGUUCAAACCACUGAAGCCAUCACGCUUCGCGGCCAUCUUCGACCCACGGAAAGAACGCGAGAUGAGCACCGACCGGAAUCAGGACAGCGCGCAACAGGUCGCUCUGACACAGAAGCAAGUCUUUGACGAGUUGACCAAUAGACUUGGCAACAAGGGCAAGCGGGUUCUCCUGGUCGAGGACAAUAGGACCAACCAGCUUGUCGUCCAGAAGUUCCUCAAGAAAGUCUCCAUCGAAGCGGAGAUCGCCAUCGACGGCGUCGAGUGCACCGACAAGGUCUUCGCGCACCCGCACGGCUACUACUCCAUCAUCCUCUGCGACUUGCACAUGCCGAACAAGGACGGCUACCAGACGUGCAAGGAGAUCCGGAAGUGGGAGCGUCAUGCGAAGCUGCCCUAUUUCCCGAUCAUUGCGCUCAGUGCGAACGUGCUCGGGGACGUGUAUGAGAAGUGCGUCGAGGCGGGCUUCAAUUCGUACAUGACGAAGCCGGUGGAUUUCAAGGAGCUCAGCACGGUGUUGAUGACGUUUAUGGAUCCCAGUGAUCCGAGCAAGCCGCAUGAGUUGAUGAAGAGGAGGCGGCAGAGCGCUGCGCCGAGAUGA